GGGCGGGGCCAGCCGCGCAUUAGCGCCUUGUCAAUUCGGCUGCUCAGACUUGCUCCGGCCUCCGCGUCCGCGCCCAGCGACGUGCGGGCGGCCCGGCCCGCGCCCUCCCGCUUCCCGCGCCCCGCUUCGCCGCCGCCGCAGCUCCCGCCAGCCGCGCGCACCCGGCAGCGCCAGCCCCAUGCCCGCCGGCAGCCCGGGCCCCGCCGCCCAAUCCGCGCGGCGGCCGCCGCCGCUGCUGCCUCUGCUGCUGCUCUGCGUCCUCGGGGCGCCGCGAGCCGGAUCAGGAGCCCACACGGCCGUGAUCAGCCCACAGGACCCCACGCUCCUCAUCGGCUCCUCCCUGCAGGCCACAUGCUCGGUGCACGGGGACCCUCCAGGAGCCACCGCCGAGGGUCUCUACUGGACCCUCAAUGGGCGCCGCCUGGCCCCCGAGCUCUCCCGUGUGCUCAACGCCUCCACCCUGGCCCUUGCCCUGGCCAACCUCAACGGGUCCAGGCAGCAGUCAGGGGACAACCUUGUGUGCCACGCCCGGGACGGCAGCAUCCUUGCUGGCUCCUGCCUCUAUGUUGGCCUGCCCCCCGAGAAACCCUUCAACAUCAGCUGCUGGUCCAAGAACAUGAAGGACCUGACCUGCCGCUGGACGCCCGGGGCCCACGGGGAGACCUUCCUCCACACCAACUACUCCCUCAAGUACAAGCUGAGGUGGUAUGGGCAGGACAACACGUGUGAGGAGUACCACACAGUGGGGCCUCACUCCUGCCACAUUCCCAAGGACCUGGCUCUCUUUACACCCUACGAGAUCUGGGUGGAGGCCACCAACCGCCUGGGCUCUGCGCGCUCCGACGUGCUCACGCUAGACAUCCUGGAUGUGGUGACCACGGACCCCCCACCUGAUGUGCACGUGAGCCGCGUCGGGGGCCUGGAGGACCAGCUGAGCGUGCGCUGGGUCUCGCCACCCGCCCUCAAGGACUUCCUCUUUCAAGCCAAGUACCAGAUCCGCUACCGCGUGGAGGACAGUGUGGACUGGAAGGUGGUGGAUGAUGUGAGCAAUCAGACCUCCUGCCGCCUGGCCGGCCUGAAACCAGGCACCGUCUACUUCGUUCAAGUGCGCUGCAACCCGUUCGGCAUCUAUGGCUCCAAGAAAGCUGGGAUCUGGAGCGAGUGGAGCCACCCCACGGCCGCCUCCACCCCCCGCAGUGAGCGCCCGGGCCUGGGCGGCGGGGCGUGCGAGCCCCGGGGCGGCGAGCCGAGCUCGGGGCCGGUACGGCGCGAGCUCAAGCAGUUCCUGGGCUGGCUCAAGAAGCACGCGUACUGCUCGAACCUCAGCUUCCGCCUCUACGACCAGUGGCGAGCCUGGAUGCAGAAGUCGCACAAGACCCGCAACCAGGACGAGGGGAUCCUGCCCUCGGGCAGACGGGGCACGGCGAGAGGUCCUGCCAGAUAAGCUCUAAGGGCUCGGGCCACCUUCUGUGCCACGCGGAGACCCAGGGGUGGAACCCAAACUGGGGCCACCUCUGUACCCUCACUUCAGGGCACCUGAUCACCUUCAGCAGCAGCUGCAGCAGGCACUCUUGAGCUUUGACGGCCAAAACAGCUCUGAGCCCCAUGUGAGGCCACCCUUGGGUGCACCCUCGUGUGGGAGGGUGUGCGUGAGGAUUAGUUGAGUAGCCCAGAACCCUUGCUGGGGCUGGGGGUGAAAAGAAAUCAUUACUCCCCACAUCCGGGGCCCCUUCAAAAGUCUUUUAAAAUAAAUGAGCUAUUUAGGUGCUCUGAUCGUGAA